AUGAGAUUAAAUAUUGAUUAUAUACUCAAGAUCAUAACAUUAUCUCAAGGAAAAAAUAAUAUGUCCAAUGAUCUUAAAUAUGUUCUUCUACCUAAAAUAGAAGAUCGUCGUCGAACACCAAAAUUUCAACCAUGGUAUCGAGAACGUCUUAAAAUGAAAUAUCCAACUAAUAUGGACACAAAAAGUUGGAAAUUUGUUAAAGAUGGUUUAGAUGAUUUUCGUGAUGGUUUACCACCAUCACAUGAUUCUAUUAUAUUAGAACCUGAAAAAGGUCCUAGUCCAGUUGUACUUUCUCAAAAUCGUCGAGUAAAAGCUAAUGUAUCAAAUGUUCGAGGUCGUCUUACAGAUCGUCAAAUGUAUUUAAGUCGUGAAUUACCUGGUGCAGAAAAACGUCGUCAAUUAAUUGAUAAUUAUGUAUCAACUUUACUUGAUCAUCCUAUGACACUUUUUCCACAUUUUAAUCAAACAUUACCAUCGGAUAUUUAUGAAAAAAUAACACAAUUACUCGAAGCUGAAUUAUCACGAGAAAAUAAUGAUGAACAAAAUGUAUUUAUAGAUGAAUGUAAAGACAUAUUUACAUCAGCAUCUGAAGUUCCAGUAGCUCGAGAAGAUACAAAUAAUACUGAAAGAAGUACAAGUAGUAGUAGUAGUGGUAAUCGUAGUCGUAGUAGUUCAAAUAAAUCGAAAGAUAAAUCUGAACCAGAAGAAUUGGAUAGUAAACGUGGUUCAACACGACCCGGACGAAGUACAAUUGUUUAUGAUGAAUCAGGAAAUCAAUGGGAUUCUGAAGAACUUGAAAGAAAACAGAAAAAUCCUUAUCGAUGGUAUAUUGAAAAACAAACAAAGAAACAAGAAUCUAAAGAACCUACGCAUGAUGAUGAAGCAACUACUGCAAUGGAAGCUCGUCUUCGAAGUGUUUCUGAAGAAUUUUGCAAUUGGUUAUAUGAAUUUGGUGGUGAAACAAAUCGUGAUAUUGAUCCAGCUGUUGUUCGAAAUUUAUUUUCAACUGCUUAUGAUACAAAACCAUCUUUAAGUGUACCAAUCAAAAUAGUUGAAAUGACAAGAAUUCCACCUGAAUUACGAGAAGGUGCACAAGAUACAAUGAUUCCACAAGCACAACAGAGAAAAACAACAUUUCCUGAAUUGCAUGUAAGUUCUAGUAUAACAAAAUCAAGACAAUUUUCAACUAGUCCUACUAAUCAAAUAUUACAUUCUCGAAAAUAUCGAUAUGGAGCAUGGUAUUUACCAAAAAAUCUUUGGCAACAUUCAUUAAAAACUGAAGAACUUCAAGAUCCAAAAAUAAUACAAGCUGAACGUGAAGAUCCAACACGAAAACGAGAAGAGCAAAUGAAUGCUCGUCUUGCUCCAUUACAUGGUAUUGAUGCAUUCAAAGAAUAUUUAGUAGAAAAAAAUGUUCGUCGUUUACCAAAAUUAAUAACUGAUGUUGAACAAUAUCGUCGUGAUAAUCCUCGUGAUCUAACAGAUUCAACUACUGAACUUCAAGCCAAAAAAUGA